AUGAAAUAUAACAACAGAUUCAACAACACGCAGUUACACAGAAAAGAACCUACAGGAACGACAUUAUCAGAAGGAACAGAAUCAACAACGCAAAUUUACACUGAAACGCAACCUAGCAAAACAACCGCAUCAGCUCUAACAGAUUCAACAACACAAAGUUACACUGAAACUCAACCGGGAGAAACAACAUCAUCAGGAAGCUCAGUUUCAACAACACAUAGUUACACUGAAACUCAACCUGGAGAAAGAACAUCAUCAGGAAGCUCAGAUUCAACAACACAGACAUACACUGAAACUCAAACCGGAGAAAAAACAUCACCAGGAAGCUCAGUUUCAACAACGCAUAGUUACACUGAAACUCAACCGGGAGAAACAACAUCAUCAGGAAGCUCAGCUUCAACAACAAGUAGUCACACUGAAACAGAAGCUGGUGAAACAACAUCGCCAGGAAGCUCAGUUUCAACAACGCAUAGUUACACUGAAACUCAAACCGGAGAAACAACAUCAUCAGGAAGCUCAGAUUCAACAACGCACAGUUACACUGAAACUCAACCGAAAGAAACAACAUCACCAGGAAGCUCAGUUUCAGAACUACAACAUUCAGAAACUCAAUUCACAACACAGAGUUACACUGAAACUCAACCGGGAGAAACAACAUCAUCAGGAAGCUCAGAUUCAACAACACAGAGUUAUACUGAAACUCAACCUGGUGAAACAACAUCACCAGGAAGCUCAGAUUCAACAACAAGUAGUCACACUGAAACAGAAGCUGGUGAAACAACCGUAUCAGCACUAACAGAUUCAACAACACAGAGUACACUGAAACUCAACCGAAAGAAGAAACAACAUCACCAGGAAGCUCAGUUUCAACAACACAGAGUUACACUGAAACUCAACCGGGAAGAAACAACAUCAUCAGGAAGCUCAGAUUCAACAACACAGAGUUAUACUGAAACUCAACCUGGUGAAAGAACAUCACCAGGAAGCUCAGAUUCAACAACAAGUAGUCACACUGAAACAGAAACUGGUGAAACAACCGUAUCAGCACUAACAGAUUCAACAACACAGAGUUACACUGAAACUCAACCGGAAGAAACAACAUCACCAGGAAGCUCAGUUUCAACAACACAGAGUUACACUGAAACUCAACCGGAAGAAACAACAUCAUCAGGAAGCUCAGAUUCAACAACAAAAAGAACAUCAUCAGGAAGCUCAGAUUCAACAACACAGACAUACACUGAAACUCAAACCGGAGAAAAAGCAUCGCCAGGAAGCUCAGAUUCAACAACAAGUAGUCACACUGAAACAGAAGCUGGUGAAACAACAUCGCCAGGAAGCUCAGUUUCAACAACGCAUAGUUACACUGAAACUCAAACCGGAGAAACAACAUCAUCAGGAAGCUCAGAUUCAACAACGCACAGUUACACUGAAACUCAACCGGAAGAAACAACAUCAUCCGGAAGCUCAGAUUCAACAACACAGAGUUACACUGAAACUCAACCUGGAGAAACGACAGCAUUAGGAAGCUCAGAUUCAACAACAAGUAGUCACACUGAAACAGAAGCUGGUGAAACAACAUCAUCAGGAAGCUCAGAUUCAACAACACAGAGUUAUACUGAAACUCAACCUGGUGAAACAACAUCACCAGGAAGCUCAGAUUCAACAACGCACAGUUACACUGAAACUCAACCGGAAGAAACAACAUCAUCCGGAAGCUCAGAUUCAACAACAAGAAGUCACACUGAAACAGAAGCUGGUGAAACAACAUCAUCAGGAAGCUCAGAUUCAACAACGCACAGUUACACUCAAACUCAACCGGAAGAAACAACAUCAUCCGGAAGCUCAGAUUCAACAACACAGAGUUACACUGAAACUCAACCGGGAGAAACAACAUCACCAGGAAGCUCAGAUUCAACAACACAGAGUUACACUGAAACUCAACCGGAAGAAACAACAUCACCAGGAAGCUCAGAUUCAACAACACAGAGUUACACUGAAACUCAACCUGGAGAAAGAACAUCAUCAGGAAGCUCAGAUUCAACAACACAGACAUACACUGAAACUCAAACCGGAGAAACAACAUCACCAGGAAGCUCAGUUUCAACAACACAGAGUUACACUGAAACUCAACCGGAAGAAACAACAUCAUCAGGAAGCUCAGAUUCAACAACAAGUAGUCACACUGAAACUCAAACUGAAGAAACAACAUUAUUCGAAAGAACAGAAUCAACAACACAGAGAUAUACAGAAACUCAACCGGGAGAAACAACAUCACCAGGAAGCUCAGAUUCAACAACACAGAGUUACACUGAAACUCAACCUGGAGAAAGAACAUCAUCAGGAAGCUCAGAUUCAACAACACAGACAUACACUGAAACUCAAACCGGAGAAAAAACAUCACCAGGAAGCUCAGUUUCAACAACGCAUAGUUACACUGAAACUCAACCGGGAGAAACAACAUCAUCAGGAAGCUCAGCUUCAACAACACAGACAUACACUGAAACUCAACCUGGAGAAAGAACAUCGCCAGGAAGCUCAGAUUCAACAACAAGUAGUCACACUGAAACAGAAGCUGGUGAAACAACAUCGCCAGGAAGCUCAGUUUCAACAACGCAUAGUUACACUGAAACUCAAACCGGAGAAACAACAUCAUCAGGAAGCUCAGAUUCAACAACGCACAGUUACACUGAAACUCAACCGGAAGAAACAACAUCAUCCGGAAGCUCAGAUUCAACAACACAGAGAUAUACUGAAACUCAACCUGGAGAAACGACAGCAUUAGGAAGCUCAGAUUCAACAACAAGUAGUCACACUGAAACAGAAGCUGGUGAAAUAACCGUAUCAGCACUAACAGAUUCAACAACACAGAGUUACACUGAAACUCAACCGGAAGAAACAACAUCACCAGGAAGCUCAGUUUCAACAACACAGAGAUACACUGAAACUCAACCGGGAGAAACAACAUCAUCAGGAAGCUCAGAUUCAACAACACAGAGUUAUACUGAAACUCAACCUGGUGAAACAACAUCACCAGGAAGCUCAGAUUCAACAACAAGUAGUCACACUGAAACAGAAGCUGGUGAAACAACCGUAUCAGCACUAACAGAUUCAACAACACAGAGUUACACUGAAACUCAACCGGAAGAAACAACAUCACCAGGAAGCUCAGUUUCAACAACACAGAGUUACACUGAAACUCAACCGGGAGAAACAACAUCAUCAGGAAGCUCAGAUUCAACAACACAGAGUUAUACUGAAACUCAACCUGGUGAAACAACAUCACCAGGAAGCUCAGAUUCAACAACGCACAGUUACACUGAAACUCAACCGGAAGAAACAACAUCAUCCGGAAGCUCAGAUUCAACAACAAGAAGUCACACUGAAACAGAAGCUGGUGAAACAACAUCAUCAGGAAGCUCAGAUUCAACAACGCACAGUUACACUGAAACUCAACCGGAAGAAACAACAUCAUCCGGAAGCUCAGAUUCAACAACACAGAGUUACACUGAAACUCAACCGGGAGAAACAACAUCACCAGGAAGCUCAGAUUCAACAACACAGAGUUACACUGAAACUCAACCGGAAGAAACAACAUCACCAGGAAGCUCAGAUUCAACAACACAGAGUUACACUGAAACUCAACCUGGAGAAAGAACAUCAUCAGGAAGCUCAGAUUCAACAACACAGACAUACACUGAAACUCAAACCGGAGAAACAACAUCACCAGGAAGCUCAGUUUCAACAACACAGAGUUACACUGAAACUCAACCGGAAGAAACAACAUCAUCAGGAAGCUCAGAUUCAACAACAAGUAGUCACACUGAAACUCAAACUGAAGAAACAACAUUAUUCGAAAGAACAGAAUCAACAACACAGAGAUAUACAGAAACUCAACCGGGAGAAACAACAUCACCAGGAAGCUCAGAUUCAACAACACAGAGUUACACUGAAACUCAACCUGGAGAAAGAACAUCAUCAGGAAGCUCAGAUUCAACAACACAGACAUACACUGAAACUCAAACCGGAGAAAAAACAUCACCAGGAAGCUCAGUUUCAACAACGCAUAGUUACACUGAAACUCAACCGGGAGAAACAACAUCAUCAGGAAGCUCAGCUUCAACAACACAGACAUACACUGAAACUCAACCUGGAGAAAGAACAUCGCCAGGAAGCUCAGAUUCAACAACAAGUAGUCACACUGAAACAGAAGCUGGUGAAACAACAUCGCCAGGAAGCUCAGUUUCAACAACGCAUAGUUACACUGAAACUCAAACCGGAGAAACAACAUCAUCAGGAAGCUCAGAUUCAACAACGCACAGUUACACUGAAACUCAACCGGAAGAAACAACAUCAUCCGGAAGCUCAGAUUCAACAACACAGAGUUACACUGAAACUCAACCGGGAGAAACAACAUCAUCAGGAAGCUCAGAUUCAACAACACAGAGUUAUACUGAAACUCAACCUGGUGAAACAACAUCACCAGGAAGCUCAGAUUCAACAACAAGUAGUUACACUGAAACAGAAGCUGGUGAAACAACCGUAUCAGCACUAACAGAUUCAACAACACAGAGUUACACUGAAACUCAACCGGAAGAAACAACAUCACCAGGAAGCUCAGUUUCAACAACACAGAGUUACACUGAAACUCAACCGGGAGAAACAACAUCAUCAGGAAGCUCAGAUUCAACAACACAGAGUUAUACUGAAACUCAACCUGGUGAAACAACAUCACCAGGAAGCUCAGAUUCAACAACGCACAGUUACACUGAAACUCAACCGGAAGAAACAACAUCAUCCGGAAGCUCAGAUUCAACAACAAGUAGUCACACUGAAACAGAAGCUGGUGAAACAACAUCAUCAGGAAGCUCAGAUUCAACAACACAGACAUACACUGAAACUCAAACCGGAGAGAAACAACAUCACCAGGAAGCUCAGUUUCAACAACGCAUAGUUACACUGAAACUCAACCGGGAGAAACAACAUCAUCAGGAAGCUCAGCUUCAACAACACAGACAUACACUGAAACUCAACCUGGAGAAAGAACAUCGCCAGGAAGCUCAGAUUCAACAACAAGUAGUCACACUGAAACAGAAGCUGGUGAAACAACAUCGCCAGGAAGCUCAGUUUCAACAACGCAUAGUUACACUGAAACUCAAACCGGAGAAACAACAUCAUCAGGAAGCUCAGAUUCAACAACGCACAAGUUACACUGAAACUCAACCUGGAGAAACGACAGCAUUAGGAAGCUCAGAUUCAACAACAAGUAGUCACACUGAAACAGAAGCUGGUGAAAUAACCGUAUCAGCACUAACAGAUUCAACAACACAGAGUUACACUGAAACUCAACCGGAAGAAACAACAUCAUCAGGAAGCUCAGAUUCAACAACACAGAGUUAUACUGAAACUCAUCCUGGUGAAACAACAUCACCAGGAAGCUCAGUUUCAACAACACAGAGAUACACUGAAACUCAACCGGGAGAAACAACAUCAUCAGGAAGCUCAGAUUCAACAACACAGAGUUAUACUGAAACUCAACCUGGUGAAACAACAUCACCAGGAAGCUCAGAUUCAACAACAAGUAGUCACACUGAAACAGAAGCUGGUGAAACAACCGUAUCAGCACUAACAGAUUCAACAACACAGAGUUACACUGAAACUCAACCGGAAGAAACAACAUCACCAGGAAGCUCAGUUUCAACAACACAGAGUUACACUGAAACUCAACCGGGAGAAACAACAUCAUCAGGAAGCUCAGAUUCAACAACACAGAGUUAUACUGAAACUCAACCUGGUGAAACAACAUCACCAGGAAGCUCAGUUUCAACAACACAGAGUUACACUGAAACUCAACCGGGAGAAACAACAUCAUCAGGAAGCUCAGCUUCAACAACACAGACAUACACUGAAACUCAACCUGGAGAAAGAACAUCGCCAGGAAGCUCAGAUUCAACAACAAGUAGUCACACUGAAACAGAAGCUGGUGAAACAACAUCGCCAGGAAGCUCAGUUUCAACAACGCAUAGUUACACUGAAACUCAAACCGGAGAAACAACAUCAUCAGGAAGCUCAGAUUCAACAACGCACAGUUACACUGAAACUCAACCGGAAGAAACAACAUCAUCCGGAAGCUCAGAUUCAACAACACAGAGUUACACUGAAACUCAACCUGGAGAAACGACAGCAUUAGGAAGCUCAGAUUCAACAACAAGUAGUCACACUGAAACAGAAGCUGGUGAAACAACAUCAUCAGGAAGCUCAGAUUCAACAACGCACAGUUACACUGAAACUCAACCGGAAGAAACAACAUCAUCCGGAAGCUCAGAUUCAACAACAAGUAGUCACACUGAAACAGAAGCUGGUGAAACAACAUCGCCAGGAAGCUCAGUUUCAACAACGCAUAGUUACACUGAAACUCAAACCGGAGAAACAACAUCAUCAGGAAGCUCAGAUUCAACAACGCACAGUUACACUGAAACUCAACCGGAAGAAACAACAUCACCAGGAAGCUCAGUUUCAACAACACAGAGUUACACUGAAACUCAACCGGGAGAAACAACAUCAUCAGGAAGCUCAGAUUCAACAACACAGAGUUAUACUGAAACUCAACCUGGUGAAACAACAUCACCAGGAAGCUCAGAUUCAACAACAAGUAGUCACACUGAAACAGAAGCUGGUGAAACAACCGUAUCAGCACUUACAGAUUCAACAACACAGAGUUACACUGAAACUCAACCGGAAGAAACAACAUCAUCAGGAAGCUCAGAUUCAACAACAAGUAGUCACACUGAAACUCAAACUGAAGAAACAACAUUAUUCGAAAGAACAGAAUCAACAACACAGAGAUAUACAGAAACUCAACCGGGAGAAACAACAUCACCAGGAAGCUCAGAUUCAACAACACAGAGUUACACUGAAACUCAACCAGGAGAAAGAACAUCAUCAGGAAGCUCAGAUUCAACAACACAGACAUACACUGAAACUCAAACCGGAGAAAAAACAUCACCAGGAAGCUCAGUUUCAACAACGCAUAGUUACACUGAAACUCAACCGGGAGAAACAACAUCAUCAGGAAGCUCAGCGUCAACAACACAGACAUACACUGAAACUCAACCUGGAGAAAGAACAUCGCCAGGAAGCUCAGAUUCAACAACAAGUAGUCACACUGAAACAGAAGCUGGUGAAACAACAUCGCCAGGAAGCUCAGUUUCAACAACGCAUAGUUACACUGAAACUCAAACCGGAGAAACAACAUCAUCAGGAAGCUCAAAUUCAACAACGCACAGUUACACUGAAACUCAACCGGAAGAAACAACAUCAUCCGGAAGCUCAGAUUCAACAACACAGAGUUACACUGAAACUCAACCUGGAGAAACGACAGCAUCAGGAAGCUCAGAUUCAACAACAAGUAGUCACACUGAAACAGAAGCUGGUGAAACAACCGUAUCAGCACUAACAGAUUCAACAACACAGAGUUACACUGAAACUCAACCGGAAGAAACAACAUCACCAGGAAGCUCAGUUUCAACAACACAGAGUUACACUGAAACUCAACCGGGAGAAACAACAUCAUCAGGAAGCUCAGAUUCAACAACACAGAGUUAUACUGAAACUCAACCUGGUGAAACAACAUCACCAGGAAGCUCAGAUUCAACAACAAGUAGUCACACUGAAACAGAAGCUGGUGAAACAACCGUAUCAGCACUAACAGAUUCAACAACACAGAGUUACACUGAAACUCAACCGGAAGAAACAACAUCACCAGGAAGCUCAGUUUCAACAACACAGAGUUACACUGAAACUCAACCGGGAGAAACAACAUCAUCAGGAAGCUCAGAUUCAACAACUCAGAGUUAUACUGAAACUCAACCUGGUGAAACAACAUCAUCAGGAAGCUCAGAUUCAACAACAAGUAGUCACACUGAAACAGAAGUUGGUGAAACAACUGUAUCUAAAUAUCCUGCAACAUCUAUUGAUCCAUCUACAGUUUCCUCUACACAGGAAACAACACUAUUGGAAGGAACUGAUUCAACCACAAUAAGUUACACUGAAUCUGAAAAAACUGAACCACCGAUAGAUACAACAUCACUAGAACCCACAUAUUCUACAACACAUAGUUUUACUAAUACAUCUUCAGUUGGAACAACGGCAUCUGAAUACUCUGAAACAACUGUUGAAAAAUCAACAGCAUCCUCUCCUUUAGAUACAACUUUAUCCAAAUGGACUGAUUCAACAACACAUGUGUACACAGAGUUAUCGUCUGCAGAAUCUACUGUGUCAGAUUACCCAUAUUCUACUACAGACCAUUCAACAGCCAAUUAUACUACUCCAGCCCCAUUCGAUAAACCUCCUCGUUUUAUGUUAAUUAGAGAUUAA